GCUUUCCGACACCCUCCCCUCUCUCUUUCUCCUGCACAUUCAACAAACAUUCAAGAAGCAGCCAAUGGCACAAGGCUGGCGCUGGAAAGACGAGCAAUGAACACCGCGGCAGAUCAGUUAACAAAAUAAAGUUACCGAUUCUGCCGAACCAAUUCUUUUCCUCGCUCUUUGACCCAUUAGACUGCGAAGGGGGAGCGGGGGGGCUGAGGGUGAACUGACAGAGCCUUGAUCUGGACGUUUGGAGGGCUGUGCACCCUGAUGCCCGGCGCUUUUUCCGAGGAGAUGUGAAACUCUAAAGUUGCACCAACCUCUGCUGCACAGUUGUUUAUGGAGCCGCGGGCGGGGGCCGGCUCUUCGCCCCUACGCAUCCGUGGCUUCCCGGGCCAUGCUGCAGCUGCCACUGUCCCCGCCGCCGCCGCCGCCAGCCCUCGAAGGACGUGGUGGGCUGCUCGGCAGGGGCUGACCUGGGAGAAGCAGCAAUAGCAGCAAGAGGAAGCAGCAGCGCCUCUCCCUCGGCGGCCCGACCUUUUACUAUGGCCGUGUCUUGCUAUGCGCUCAACAGUUUAGUGAUAAUGAAGAGCGCCGAGGAAGAGGAGAAGAGUGGCGGCGGCUGCAAGAGCAAGACGCCGCCAGUGACGCGCAGGCAGGUGCUGCCCGGACUGGUCCGGGGAAGCGAGAGGCACAGCAGCUACUGUCCGCGGCCCGGGCGCGGCGGCUCCAGCAGCGCCGCCACGGCUUUCCUCUUUCCUCCAGGAGAGCUGCCGCAGGCGAGGGAGGAGGCGUUCGCACGCAGGACUCCGCGACGGCUCAGCAGCCCGAGCUGGGGGACCCGCUCCAGCCGCUCGCCUUCGCCCAGCUCGGCGAGGAUCCUUCAGCGGGAGCUGCAGAACGUGCAAGUGACCCAGAAAGUGGGGCUCUUCGAGGCGCGCAUCCAAGCGCAGAGUCUGGAUGCCUCCGCUGCCACCUCUCCCCCCAAGAGCUCCCCAUUGGCCAGGAGACGGUCUCCUUCCCCCGGACCAUCACGGGCCGCGCAGAUGUUUGAAGACGCUGCAACGAGGGGGUCGAGGCAACAGCAGGUGGUGGCGGCGAAGACGCCAGAGAGCCUGCUGUCCCGGCUAGAAAGCUCGGGAAAGACGUCGGAGCGGGAGGCAGAGAAAGACUCAGCAACCCGUCUGUCAUACGUGGCGGAAAGGAGAGAGACUGGUAGCAGCUCCUUGGUGCUGCAGGGUGCGAUGGAGAUGGAAAACGGGCUUUUCCUGGGGCAACGAUCAGCAGAGACUGGUCUGGACGGUGGGGUCGCUGGAGCACCAGGUUCGAAAGAGGCAGAGAUCAGGAGCAAAUUGCCCCAGGCUUGGGGUUUGGAUGAAACAGUGCCAAAGGCACGUGAUUCAGAUGGGAUGGAGAGGGUGAAUGGGAUUUUCAGGGAGCAGGAGUCGGGGAACACCGGGAGGAGACUGGGAUCUGGUGUGGGGCAGGACUUGGAGUAUGGAAGUGGAUCUCCUGAAGGAAAGGACUCCAGAGAUCUGGUAAACUCCAGGUGGUGUGAGGGCACGGAGGCGUUGGGGGUGAGGGGCAGCGAGGGGCAGCCAGGUGAAGGUGAUGCUGGCAAGGUGAGUGGAUCUUCCAAGAAUCAAGGCUUCUUACAAACCAUGCAGGGGAGGAGCAGCUUUCACAGAGGGCAGGGCUCAGACGCCAUGGAGAAGCCCCUUGGAGAGCCGCUCCCAACAGGAGACCCGCCUUGUCUUGCCAAGAUUGACAGCAAGGGCAGCAGCAGCAGCAGCAGCAGCAGCUGCUUGCUAGCUUUGACUUGUUCUGUGAAGCAGGCACCACUGCUGUCACCACUGGAGUCCUGCUCUGAGAUUAUGGCUGAAUCCAAUGGAACUGGGCUGCCAGAGCAGCAUCCCACAGAGCAGCAGCAGCCUCCCUGGGGAGCCUCCGUGGAAGUACAUCAACAACAACAGGAGAAGUCCCUAGUGGAAGGGGAGAGUUGCUUUGGAGGAGGACGAGGCGGAGGCAGCAGUAGCAUCCCUGCUGUCAUUGUGACUGACCUGGACGCUCAGGAGGAGGAUGAGGCAGGAGGAGCCCCCCAAAAGAACUUGUCUGUCAGGAAGCUGUCGUCGUCUUCAGCUUCUUCAACUGGCUUCUCUUCAUCCUGGGAAGAAUCUGAGGAGGACAUUUCCAGUGAUCCUGAACGAUCCUUGGACCAGAGUCCAGCCUUCCUGCAGACCCUGGAUAAACCAAGAGUGAGCAAGUCAUGGCGGAAAAUCAAGAACAUGGUGCACUGGUCCCCCUUUGUUAUGUCAUUCAAGAAGAAAUAUCCUUGGAUUCAACUAGCAGGACAUGCAGGUAGCUUCAAAGCUGCAGCUAAUGGGAGGAUACUGAAGAAGCAUUGUGAGUCUGAACAGCGCUGUCUGGACCACCUGAUGAGCGAUGUCCUUAGGCCAUACGUCCCUGCUUACCAUGGAGACAUCGUGAAAGAUGGGGAGCGGUACAAUCAGAUGGAAGAUCUCCUGGCUGAAUUCGACUCUCCUUGUGUCAUGGAUUGCAAGAUGGGAGUCAGAACCUACUUGGAGGAAGAACUAACCAAGGCCAGAAAGAAGCCAAGUCUGCGGAAGGACAUGUACCAAAAGAUGAUUGAAGUCGAUCCCGAGGCUCCAACAGAGGAGGAGAAUGCUCAGCAUGCAGUAACCAAGCCUCGAUACAUGCAGUGGAGGGAAACCAUAAGUUCUACGGCAACUCUUGGGUUCCGGAUCGAAGGAAUAAAGAAAGAGGAUGGCACUGUGAACAGGGAUUUCAAGAAGACAAGGACAAAGGAGCAAGUCAUGGAGGCCUUCAGAGAAUUUACUAAAGGAAACCGUAAUGUGCUGAACAGUUACCUUAACCGGUUGAAGGGGAUCCGUGACACCUUGGAAACAUCACAAUUCUUCAAGACCCAUGAGGUAAUUGGGAGCUCCCUUCUUUUCAUUCACGACAAGAGAGAGCAGGCCAAAGUCUGGAUGAUUGAUUUUGGGAAGACCACCCCCCUUCCAGAGGGACAAGUCCUCCAGCAUAACGUGCCCUGGAUAGAAGGGAACAGAGAGGAUGGUUACCUCUGGGGGCUGGAUAACCUCAUUGCUAUCCUAGUGGAAUUGUCUCAGAGCGAAGACUUGCUUUAAGGCCCGACGUUCGACUCCGUCACUACCCGGAUCCCAGCCCCUCAAACUGACUCUCUGAACUGCACUACAAGACACUUUCCCCCGACCCUUUUCCUUCCAGUUCUAAAAGUUAGAAGCCCUUUUAUUUAAGGUGUAAAUAUGCAGUUACGUGUCAGAACAAAUGCUGAACAUGAAGCACAAUGUAGGCGAUGAAAGUGAGUAGCAAUAGUGGCCUUUCUAGGUAUUAGCAGUUACUGACUCCAGUCUCUGGCCAGCCAAAGGCAUAACUCCUCCCUCAGUAGAAUAUCUAGCUCUUAGGUCACUGGUGUUUUCCCACACAACAUCUUCUUGUGUUCGGGCGUACACCAUUCCCAUACACCUCAGCAGAAUGAAGAUAGUGCCAUAGUCUUGCUGAAGUAAUAUCUAGCACAUAGAUCCCAGAAUGGAAGAUACAUUCAUUUAUAGCUAUCUACUGCCCUCUCAUGGCCAAAGUUAGUAUACAAUUUGGCCCAUUACUGUUACAGGCAUGGCCACGUAGAGCAUAGUGUGUGGUUUCCAGGUGGUCCCUUUUCCUGUGAAUUUCCCACAUAAAUGAGAUGGUAGAGUCCAGAACUUACUAAGAGAAGAACCUGAGAGAAAGAGAGAUGCAUUUUUUUCUGUGAGGCAGCAACUUUAAUUUACUAAUCUCCUUCAAUGUAAGAAUCUGCAUAUAAGAGCUUAUAGGUCUAUUUCAUAUCAGCUCUACAUUUCUAUGUACUCAAGAAAUUUCUUGUUGGCUUAUAACUACUGUGCAAUACUCGAGUGGCUGCAGGGAUUGCAAAAGUCUGCUUCUGAGGGUUGCCUUUGGUGGUGCAUCUAAGUUAGCUACUGUGGUAGGUUUGGGCUGCUUGGGACAAGAUGUUUGGAUCCUUUGCUCUAGGCUUCAGUUGCCUUGGAGUGACCUGGUAGUGUGUCAGCAGAAGGGCUAUAAUACCAGUGGGUUGGUAAGGACGACAAUUGUCAUUGGUGAGGUAUCUCUUUAUUAGCACUGUGGACCCUUUCAAAGUGGCAAACAGAUUCUCAGGUGUGCACUUGCAAAACAUUCCAGUUAUCACAUCUCAAAGUGUGGCAUUAACUCAGCCUAAAAAAAGCAGCAUUUUAGAAUGGUGGGCUGCACACAGCUUUCCUGUAUCUUCAAGGAAUGUGAAGGAAGUGUGUCAUCCUUGGUAGGGUGCAGUUGAUAAGGCAUUUCUCUUAGUCCCUAAAAUUUGUAGCUCUUCCCAUAUGCCUGGUUUUUUUAAGAAGGUUGUAUCUAAGGAUUUGCCACUUUCAGUCUUGCAAAAACAUCUACUUCUCUAUUUUAGGGUGGAGGCUAUUUUAUAACUUCCUGGAACGUUUAAACUAAGCAGAUAGCUUGCAUAACAGCCUGCCUGUUAAAAGGUCAGCAUCUGAAAGAACUGUGCAGAGGGGAAAGCUGCUGGUGCAUUUUGUUUUCUUGGGGAAAGAACCUGGAGAGGGGGGACUGUGCUGAGUUUAGGUCACAAAUCUUCCAGAGCUGUUUCUCUGGCUGGUUUCUUUUCUGACAAGUCCAUAAACCCUUUUGUAUUCAUGGUAACUCAAAAGUCCAUUGCUACUAGUCUUUCCGGUAGAAUUGCUGUAGCCCUGCUUGCCUGGGCCAUGACGCGGUUUCAGUUUCUUGCACUGGGAGGUUCUGCUCUUUCAACAAGGGAGCAUGUGUGUUUUGGAGGCUGGGGAGAUGUCCUUUGGGCACUGGUCAACAUGCCACCCCUGUGCAAGCCUUUCAUGAGGACUCAGCCCUCUUGGAAUUCCUUCAGUUCGUAUCUCACAGGGCACAUGUCGCUCAUUCUUCAGUGCUAUUGUAAAUAGUUGCUUUGUUCUGCCACUUUCCCCCAUCAGGCUUCCUAUGCUGUUUAAUAAUAGCCUAUGUGGAAGUGCCUUAUGGACCAGUUUCGAUUCCAUUAGUGUCAUGGAAAAGCAUUUUUGGUUGUUGUUUUUUUAAGUUCUAUUUAUUGCCAUCCUUUUUUUAGUUGCCUAGAACACUAAGUCUUAAUGCAUGGAAUCUUUUAAAGAAUAAUGUUUAGUUUUUAAAACAUCUUUUUCCACGUUUGUGGAGGGGGAAAAUUCCAUGAAGCAGCUUAAGUUUAUACAAUUUUUGAACUGUAUUUAGCUUUUAAAUUGCUUUUAUUAUAUACAUUUUAUUUUUUUUAAGCCUGUUUGUUUGCAAAAGCAAGAUACCUUGCUUUGUGGCUUUAAAAGAAGUGACUUAUUUCUCCAGAUGUCUUUUAGAUCUUUUUGGAGGCUGGAACUGUUGCUGUGAGGUAGUUCUCCCCAUACCCUUUGCAUCAUUUCUCUUCAAUUAGUGAUGUCACACAAACUUGCAGCAUUAUGAAACACCACCAAUGCACAGUGCCUGUAAGUAAAAUAAGUCAAAAUAAAGGCAUACAACAUGUUU